AUGCCGAGUAAUAAAACUUUUAACUUGGAGAAGCACAAUCAUACUCCAAGAAAGCAUCAUCAACAUCACCACCAGCAGCAACAGCAGCAGCCACCACCACCGCCAAUACUUGCAAAUGGGCAACAGGCCAGCAGCCAAAAUGAAGGCUUGACUAUUGACCUGAAGAAUUUUAGGAAACCAGGAGAGAAGACCGUCACCCAACGAAGCCGUCUCUUUGACGGAACUCUUCUUCCCGACAUCACCGAGGAAGAAAUGAGGAAACUAUUUGAGAAAUAUGGGAAGGCAGGCGAAGUCUUCAUUCAUAAGGAUAAAGGAUUUGGCUUUAUCCGCUUGGAAACACGAACCCUAGCAGAGAUUGCCAAAGUGGAGCUGGACAAUAUGCCACUCCGUGGAAAGCAGCUGCGUGUGCGCAUUGACUGCCAUAGUGUAUCCCUUACAGUUCAAAACCUUCCUCAGUAUGUGUCCAACAAACUGCUGGAAGAAGCGUUUUCUGUGUUUGGCCAGGUGGAGAGGGCUGUAGUGAUUGCGGAUGAUCGAGGAAGGCCCUCAGGAAAAGGCAUUGUUGAGUUCUCAGGGAAGCCAGCUGCUCGGAAAGCUCUGGAGAGAUGCUCCUUCCUGCUAACCACAUUUCCUCAUCCUGUGACUGCGGAGCCCAUGGACCAGUUAGAUGAUGAAGAGGGACUUCUGGAGAAGCUGGUUAUAAAGAACCAGCAAUUUCACAAGGAACGAGAGCAGCCACCCAGAUUCGCACAGCCUGGCUCCUUCGAGUAUGAGUAUGCCAUGCACUGGAAGGCACUCAUUGAGGUGGUGAAGCAGCAGCAGGACCAAGUGGACCGCAACAUCAAGGAGGCUCAUGAGAAGCUAGAGAUGGAGAUGGAAGCUGCACGCCAUGAGCACCAGGUCAUGCUAAUGAGACAAGAAGAACUUCGGAGGAUGGAAGAGCUGCAUAACCAAGAGGUGCAAAAACGAAAGCUGCUGGAGCUCAGGCAGGAGGAAGGGCGCUGGCGCCGUGAAGAAGAGAUGCGGCGACAGCAGGAAGGAUUCAAGGGAACCCUCCCUGAUGCGAGAGAGCAGGAGAUUCGGAUGGGUCAGAUGGCUAUGGCAGGUGCUAUGGGCAUAAACAACAGAGGUGUUGUGCCCCCUGCUACUGUGCCAGCUGGUACCCCAGCUCCUCCAGGACCUGCAACUACGAUGCCGGAUGGAACUUUGGGAUUGACCCCACCAACAACUGAACGCUUUGGUCAGGCUGCUACAAUGGAAGGAAUUGGGGCAAUUGGUGGAACUCCUCCUGCAUUCAACGGUGCAGCUCCUGGAGCUGAAUUCCCUCGAAACAAACGUCGCCGAUACGCAGUGUCUAGUUUCUCAAAACCCUUAAAAGAAGGACCCUUUUUGGACUAG